CAAAUGAAAACAUUGGAUUUAUAAGAUGGUUCGUUUAGAAAAAACCAUCGAGACAAGCGAAGAGAGAAACGGCGCUAAGUAAUGGAGGAGGAAAAAGCGGCAGCUUACUACGACGAGCUCACUCGUAAAGGAGAAGGAGCUGCUCGUUUCAAGCAAGGUCUCGGCUUCUCCACCGGAGCCAACGGCGUUCCGGAGAGAGGAUCGGCGAUUGCAUCGUCGUCUUCGUUUCUCAACCAGUUCGUCAAGGCUACUAAAUCCACUGAUAACAAGGAUUCCGAGAUCCGAUCCAUCAGAGAUAAAUUGAAGAAGAAUAAACCUGAAGAUCAGCAACAUCAUAGGGCUCCGGAGAGUAGGUACAGAGAAUCGAGUGAACGGCGUCGUUACCGGAGUAGAGAGAGGGAUGAGAGAGAUAAAAGCCAUAGAAGGAGAAGCAGGAGUUCAGAGAGACGUAGUAGGUAUGGGGAUAGGGAGAGACGGAGAAGCAGGAGUAGGAGUGUAGAGAGGCGUAAUAGGUAUGGGGAUAGAGAGAGUCGGAGGAGCAAUAGAUCGUCGCCGAGGAGAGAAGAUGUUAAGGAGAAGAAGAUUGAUUACUCGCGGUUAAUUAACGGCUACGAUGAGCUGUCAGCUGCUGAAAAAGUGAAGGCCAAGAUGAAGCUCCAGCUUGAUGAAACCGCUGAGCAAGAUACCAGUAAGGGUGCAGGAUGGGAAAGAUUUGAAUUCGACAAAGAUGCUCCAGUUGAUGAUGAGGAAGUAGAAGAAGGUACUGAUGACGACGCUGCCUUAGUCAAGCGCAUGGGACAGAGUUUUAGGUUUUCUGCCAUCGAGGCGAAACGGGAAGAGCAACUAAAAGCCGCCCAUGAUGAGGCCAUGUUUGGUGCACCAGCAGGCCAAACUCCUACAAAUAACACCGACGAUAAUGUUACAGAUACAACUUAUGUAAAGGACGAUGAAGGAGAAAGCAACAGCGGCGCGAUAAGUCUUCUUAGCGAGAAGGUGAUUGCAAAACAACAAGGAUCUUGGCGUGACAGAGCUCGCAAGUCAUGAAAAUCCUAUACAUUCAUAAUGAAAGUCGAGAUUAAUGGAGUUUAUAAUUUUAUAUAGUUGGUCCUUCCUAAGUGUUUUGACAACUUUUUGUUUGUAUAUUAGACAUCAGAUUUUUUCUGGCAUUAUUAUGAGGCUCAUUACACUAUUCAUGGAAAUCAGAAUUGCUAGGUUGAAGCCUUAAAUUGAUUUCAACGGGAUAUUUUUAGUUC